AUGAGUACUUGGGUUGAAAUACAAAAAGAGGCUGUUGAAAAAUGGGUUGAGUCAGUGAUGGAGAAAAAGACUCUUCUUAAUGAAAUUGGUGGGUUUGAUAUAAUUAAAUUUUUAGAGAAGGUAUCAUCAGUAAAAUGUCAAACUACACGAGCUAAAGUUGUCAGAACAAAAUUUGACCAAAUGGAAAUUGCAGAAAAAGCACUAGAAUUUGGGAAAAGUUUACAUUUAAGAUGUGACUCAAUUGAAGUUAGUCACAUUAUUUAUCAUAAUGAAAAGAUGUUAUUAUCUUUUUUUAUUUCUAUUGCAACAAAAUUUGUACCUUUAGGAAGAGUUCAUAUGAGAAGUGUUAAUGAAUGGGUUAAAGAAAUGACUCAAUUGCCAAUCCAAAAUUUUAAAACAGAUUGGAGAGAUGGAUAUGCUAUGAAAUUUAUUUUUGCUGAUGACCAUCCAUUUGAGUUAUUUUCUCAAUUUGGAAUUACUCAAGUAAUUCAAGAACAGAAUUUAGGAAAAGAUGAAUUUGCGAUGAUGCUUCAAGUUGCUUUGAUUUAUUGUAAAAAAGAAGAAAUAGAGAAGUACAGAUUUAAUAAACCUGAUAUUAAUAAAAUAAUGACAGAGAAAUUUGAAGAACGUAAAAUCAAAUUACGUUCUGAAGGUGUUUUUGAUGAAAGUCAAUGGGCUCCAGUCAAGGUAAAUACAGAAAUUAAAACAAGUAUUGUUACUCCCCCAUUACCAGAAGAAGAAAACCCUGUAUUAGAAAUUAAUGAAAUGGAAAGUAAAACUUCUACGAAUGAACCAUUUUCUGAUGAAAGUACAGAAACCUCAAUUGAGUUAGAAAAACAAAAAGUAGAAGAAUUACAAGUUGUAGAAGAACAAAAAGACAUUAAAGAAUUAUAUAAUAUAAAUAAAGAAGAGGAAAACAGAGUAGAAGAAAAUAACCAAAAUGAAGAUGUUAUAAUAGAAAAUGAUUAUAAGCUAGAAGAAGAGUAUGAAAACAAAAUAAAUGAAGAAGAAGAUGAAACUGAAGAAGAAAAAGAGAAUCAAAGAGCAGAUGCUGAAGUAAUCGAUGAAGAAAAAAUUCAAUUGAAAGAAGAAGAAAAGAAUAUGAACAAUAUUACUGAAGAAGAGUUAGAAGAUAAGUCACAACCAUUAUCUUCUUAUAUUAAUACUUCAUCAAGUGAAAGUCAAUCAGAAAAAGAAGGGUUAUUAAUUAAAACACCAACACUUUCAACUGAUGAUAAUAGUCAAGAAGAAAUUAUAAAUACAUUUGACAAAGAAUCAUUACAUAUUAGUAUAGCAAAAAGUGAAUCAGAAAGUAAAGAGAGUGAAGUUGAAGGACAAGAAAAUGAACUAGAAAAUAUACAAGAAGGUCCUACAGAAAAGUUAAAAGAGUCUAUUGAACAAGAAGAAUUAAUUGAAAGUAACACAACACCAAAAAUUCAAGAAGAUAUUCAAAAUGAAAUUGUUGUUGAAGAAAUACAAGAAGAGACAACUACAAGUAUUGAAGACGAAAAAAGUGAAACAUCAAAUAGUAAUUCUUUUAUGUUAUUUGGUGAAAGAAAAGAAGAAAAUGAUCCAGAAAUUCCUAAGAAACUUAUUAUUGUUGGAAGACCAAACGACCUAAUAAAAGAACCAGAUUAUGAAGAAGAAAAACCACCAAUUAAUGAAAAAGAAGAAGAAAGUAUAAAGACAGAACAAGUAAAUGACCCAAUAAAAACAGAAACACCUCUUAAUAUAUCAGAAAAUGAUCAUCAAACAAAUACAUCUGAAAAACAAUGUAAAGAAGAAGAAGAAAGAAAUGAUGAAAUUAAGAUAAUUGAAGAGUAUAAAGAUACAUUUAAUAAUUGGAUUAGAAUGACUCAUUAUUCAAUAGUAUAUAAUAGUUCGAAAGAUGGACUUACUGCUAUAUCAUUCAAUAAUAAAGUAGAAGAAAAAAAUAAUAUAAUGAUACUAGUUAUUACAAAAGAAGGAUAUUCAUUUGGUUGUUUCAAUAGAAAACAAAUUCCUAAAGCACCUAAGAAAGGAUAUAAAUAUAUUAAAAAUGAUAAAGACUUCUUUGUAUUUUCAUUACAUUCAAAAAAAUUAAAACAACCAGUAAUGAUUCAAAGAAAGAAGAAAGGAAAAUCAUUAUGUAUAUGGUAUUCAAGUUGUAGAGUUUAUGCAUUUACUGUAAAAAGAUUUAUGAGAAUAACAAAUGAAAUAGGAAAAUCACAUUUUAUAAGUAAAUUAUUCACAAAAGAAUACAAAGAUAUUACAAAAAAAGGAACAACAUUAUUUACUGGAGAAAAUGAGUUUAGUAUAGAUAAAGUAUUAGCUAUACAAUGGUCUUAA